GUAAUCGAGAGAAAACAAUACCGAGGAAAGAAGACCACGUUGAGCGCAGCGAGUGGAAAUGCAAAAGUUGGACAAGGGAGCGACGCACACGGAGAAGAGCCCAAAAGCCACAAUGACAGAAGCCGAAGAAACAACGGAGAGGACAGCGGCAAAUUGCAAAAUAAUGACAAUGGAAGCUAUGUUGGAGAGAUGGGAGCACCUGUCACGGAAGGACCCGUGGUACAACAGGAUGUACUUGUAUGCGACAAGGGGAACAAUCCGGUCAGCGGAUCUGGGACGUUCAGAGUCGUGUGAGAAGACGAGACAGGGAAAGAAGGGCGAUAACACAUCAAGCUCGUCGGACGGGUUGGAGGUUGUUGACGAGUCCAACAUAUAUCCACUCACAUGGAAAGGCAGAAGGGAGGAGAUUCGACUGGGGGAGGCCGAUGUGAUGUGCUUGGUCGUUGGGAAGUGGCUCAAUGACAAUGUAAUGAACAUGUAUUUGCAGUCAGUGUACGAAGAGCAAUGUCAAGGUAAGGACACCGCAGAAGUGCAUGUGUGCACAACGUUUUGGAAUCCGCAACUGCUCGUUAAUCAGCAAGGUGACAUAGCGAAAAGGGGAUGGGUGUUGCGUGUGAAGAGUCGGACGACCAAAGUCCAUCUACAGUGUAAAGACCUCGAGGUUGCACCGCUUGUGCUUAUUCCAAUUAACCACAAGCAUAAGUGGAUGCUGCUCAUAUUGUUGAAUGUAAGGGAGUUUUGGACCGAUGAUACAUGCCCCAACGCCAUAAUCGUCGACUCGUGUCAUGGGUAUGCAAGUCCAGAUUGGAAGGAGUUGAAGACAUUAUUGUGGCACGAGUACCUCAACGACAACAAAAGGGGUCCGGAUGUCACACGACAACUGGUGGACAAGUCGUGGAACACUUGUAGAGACGUGUUCGGUCGUGGACUCAUCCAUGCGAGGUGUUCACAACAAAGUAACAGAGAGGAUUGUGGUGUGUAUGUAUGUUGCAUGGCAGAAGAGCUUGCACAUCCCCCAACACGGAAUGGCAUCUCGAAAGACGACGUACUGGAGAUUGUAGAGAAGAUGCACAUCGAUGAAAGAAUUGUUCGAGACUUCCGCGUCAGAGCUCUCGAUCGCAUUGCAGAGUGCGCAGCAGCAGCAAAAGGUCACAAGAGUGUUGGAGAACACCGCACGCUAGCUCGUGCAAUGAGAGCGAAGAUAAGAAAAGACGGUGGCGAACUGCCUUAGACAACGACGCAAGUGGCAUGCCGGCGGGACGAUGAUUGGGGGGGGGGGAUCGUGAUUUCGAAAAACGGAGGAGGACUGGAGGUGUAUAUUAAGAGGAAGUUGGGGAACAAUAUUGAAUGCGCCAUAUUUUUUUUUUCUUUUCUUGCAUGGACAAGAUAUCUUACCCUGUCAACAAAUAAUAUGAGAAACA